AUGGAAUCAUGGCGGGAACGAGGGUUUGUACCGGACUCAGAUGAGGAUGAUGGGUUGGGCAGCCCGGAAAAGGUGAAUCAGGAUCUUGACAGUAGUGACGAUGAGCUUGGGGCAUUCCCGGCGCCUUAUGCGCUCGAUACAGCUCCCCAGAGGCCCCCGGACGAAGACACCGAGGAAGAGGAGCACCAUACCCCCCAAGGCGGCAUUGUUGAUGAUUUCCGAUCUGUCACAGCCGGUCAAAAUGUCGAUGAUGUGCCUGUCCAGGCAAACGAGGAAGCAAAGUCUUCGGCCAAGGAGGUGCCCGACAAGGAAGCUAGGGAUAUAACUGAAGGAUCGCUAUCGGAAGACGUCAAUGACGAGGAUGCUACGCCUAGGAGAAAGUUGCAUCCAUCCCCGACUCUAUCAGCUACUCCAAGACCAAGACCAAGCCCGCCGUCGACCCCGUUAAGAGAGCAACCUAAAGACAUAUGGGACGUACCUACCUCUUCACCAGACGAACUACAGCUAGACCAUCUUAUUUCUCGGAGGUCGGUUGGCCUUCCUUCGAAAGUGCCAGACACUGGUGAGAAACAGGAGAAUAAGGAGAAUGCCAACCCUUCUCCUUUAUCUUCUCCGCUGUCGUCCCUCCACUCUUUGGCAUUGGGUGAAGGUGAUCAGGAUGAACAAGAGAACACAGAGAAUCCACCGCCAGGGAGUAAUCUAGAGGCGUUACUCCCUCCUCUCGAAAUUCCGGAAGAUAUAUUGCGAGAGAUGUCUCAGCCGGCACGAAGGUCCUUACGACAGCGCAACCCCAUCCAGUUACACCCGUAUCUUUUGGAAGAUGCGAAAUACCAAAAGCUUAUGAAGGCCAGAGGGAUCAAACCAGUUCGCAUCGCUCAAUACCAGCAAACAAUGCAGACGGCGGCCGAAGGUCAAAGUCAAAGUUUUGAUAGCACCCUACCACCUUCGAGCAGCCCUGCCGCGGACUUCGAGUUUGCCCCGUCGUCUCCAGCGGAAAGAAAUCCUACCUCUGCGGCAAGGGCAACUCAAGACCUUCAUGAAGGUCAACCGCAAUCGUCCCACCAGGACUUAUCUGAGAACGAAUUCAGAGGACCUAAGAGACGUAAAGUAUCAAGGCCAGACGAUCAUAGGAACUCAUCACGGCAUCAGCCUCGGCCUAAAGUGGUUAUAAACAACCGUACAUCUCCUAUCAAUUUAAGCAAUAGCUUGGCUUGGGACAUACCGCCCAGUCCGCCACGCUCUGGAAGUAAUUCUUCCCCACAGGCCCUAUGGAAUCCCACUGAGUUUCGGUUCCCUCGUGGGUUGACACCGCCAACGUUAAACACGCCUAGCACAGUCCUGAGGCGGGGAGGGCGGGAUGCUACCACCACAGCCAACGGGCCCAGCUCUGGCGUUGAUCGAGAGCUUGCUGAUGCCCAGUCCGCAGCCUCUCAACAUUCUCAUUCCGCCUCAGAAAAUGAUGGAGAGGAUGGAGAAGAAGAGCAGGAGCCUGAAGAGGACGUUCGUGAACUACAACGUAGGAUCAAAGGUGUACUUCCGGCUUCAUGGCUGCGGUUAGACCAACAAAGACAAAAGGAUGCACAACUAAGUUCUACACAGCGCCAUCGCGACAAGAAUUCCAGAACAGAAAACACCAAGGGUGUUGCUAAAAAGAUCAUCAAGAGAACCGGCCCCUCAACUUCGUCAAAUCCGGUCGAGCAUUUGGCAUCAUUAAAGCAUUUAGCUGAUUCUGAUGGUAGUGAUGCGGAUGAAGGUGACGGCAAUGAUGGCCAAAGCAAUGCGCGGCAGAUACUGGCCAACUUGGUCGGAUUUGAUGACACAUUCCUAGCGGAAGGUAUGGGCGAGGACAUUCCAGAAGACAAUCGCAUCGAUUACAUGUUUCCGUCAGCAACGCGUGAAACUUCAGCUCCUCGAUCCCAAAAGGGAGGCCAAAAACGACAAAGGUCUGAGAGCCAUUUUACUCGUUCCGACAGUCAUUCUAAACGGCCUCGCCUUCAAAAACAAGCGAGGCUGACCGAUCCCAUCUACAGGCGGGAAAAAAAGAAACAUUCCUCACACACCCCUCCAAGGCUUGGUAUAUUGGAUGCUCCCGAUGUUGCUUCUCGGCCUCGAAACGAGCAGCCACAGUUCCUCAGAGUUGCUGCUCGCAAAGCACGAUCUCGACAGGAUAGGAGCAGACGAAGUCCUUCGAACAAAGUCAUCAAGAUGAGUUCAGCUCUGGACACCGAAGAUGCUAACACAUCCUUGCGCGAAUGGCGCGCCGGGCGUAUUCGGCAGUCGAAGUUGCCCAGGCCUCAAGCAAAGCCCCCCAGGCGACCACCGUUGGCGGAUCUUUCCUCAAACAAGAAAAUUAGACCCAGAAAUCAUGGAUCUGGGGAAAUAAACAAAGAUCGCCCCAUCAAUGCUGGACCAUCGAUACGACCGGACGAUGCUAAUGUCGCCCAGAAUCAGAUGCCAGAUCAAGAAGCUCCACCACCUACUACAGCCCCCCCCACUUCAGAGAAGCCUAUGCAGCGUAUUCAACAUGGCAACAACUGGUUUGUCCGGAGAAACGUUGUUGUUUCCUCCCUAAAAAGGAACGACCCAAGACCUGUGGGGCUAGAAAUGGCGAGUCUUGACGUUUCCCGAGCGCCAUCCUUUCAAAGGUCACUUUCCCUGCUCAACCAAAAUACUUGGCAAAAACGCUUGCCCGAGACUGUGGACCGAAAUAUUAUACUGGAUCGGUUUCUUGUCGACAGUAGCCAGGCAUCUGUUCAUGCUAAGGCGCGGGGAAGCACCCUCACUCGCGAGUCGAACGAUGUGAGCAUAUCGCUCCCAAAGCGUCCAGUUCGAAUCAAACGGAAGUUGAAGAAACGUACUCCCAUGAGAUUGGAUGUUAGCACUGCUGGAGACACGGAUCCACCGAUCCUGUCCACGGAUCUAGACCCUCCUAGGGUGCAAGGGGAAGAUGCACAUCCCAGAAAAGGAGUCUCAGAGGGACUAAGCGGUUUUCAACACUCGUACUCUACGGAUUUUGGAAUCACCCCUCUGUGCCUGGGAACCUUUUUCCACGAAUCUUCGUUUAUCGGAAGUGGAGAAUUCAGUCGCUCGCUUGAGAUCGGCAAGCGUGAUCUCGACCAAGAUGCUGGCAUUUUUACUGCGAAUGUUGGGAAUCGAACUUUUCGGUGGGGACCUUGGAACGACGCUGUGUCCUCUGAACUUGGCAUUGCAUUUGAGAACAUACUCGAGGAAAUGGAACAGAGCGACACGAUGUCCACAGAGGCGGCCACUCAAAACACACACGAUCGCACCUGCAUUAUAUACAGGACCCUAGUCAAGUACGUUACAGAGGCUCUAACGUUCAUAGAUCCUAUCGAUAGAACAGGCUUUAUAACGAGGGCCCAUGCGCUUAUCUCCAAGGUCAAUGAUAAUUUAACCGCCAUAGUCUCGCCGACAGCUCGAGGGACAGAGUCUCGUAUGAGAAUUGCUUCUUACAACGUGGCAUUCGCCAACUUAACAUACCAGAUAGCUUGUCAUAAGCUCGUUAAUCACAGCGUGGCAGAAGAGCUCUUGGAACUCGUGAGGUCAGUUUCUAGGCAAGCCUUUACAGCCAUCUCGAGCGAAGUAGGGGAAAUCAAUAUUCGCAGAUUUCUCGAAGAUAACAAGGUGUGCGAACAACGCGAUAAAGGGGUCCGAGACGAAUAUCCAGCCGUUGAGGCCUACGUCAUUGUUCGGCAGAUAUUGUACAGUACGGAAAAGCUGAAGGGCUGCUUUGAAGAGCUCAUUGCCGACUCUUUGUUGGCAAUCGGCGACCAGAGCAAUACAAAGAAUAUUGGUCGCUUAGAAAGGAGGUGGCAUUGGCUAUUUACUACGCUACCGUUAGACGAAAUUGACGCUCUUGGAAUCGCCCGGAUUGGAUCACGCUUCAGGGAGGCUUGCAACAACUGGAAAAUAGUGAGACAAUUGCUGUGCCCUGUUUUGGAAAGCUAUAAGCCCAAUACUUCAGCAUCUAUCUCCUAUAACGCUUACUGCCGAGCUUUAUUUCUCAGAUGCUUCCAGCUUAUCAACGGCUGGGGAUGGAGGGAUUGCAAACUCAUUUUAGAUACGCUCUACGAUUUCUUUGCGAGGAACACCUUAUAUAAUCUGAAACAGGAAGAGAACUACACGUCUCCCUCGUUUUUGGAUGAGCUUGAUCACAAUCCAUCCCUUGACGCCACGCAGAGUGACCCAUGCUUCCAUGUCUUUAUAAAGAUCAUUGCAAGUGGCUUGCGCUUCUUGUCCAAGAGGUAUGAUAAGAAAAAAGUACGGAAUUUCGCUUGGCGUCUAUUACCAAAUCACGGCCGAGUAUACCCAAAAGAACAGCCUAUCCACCAGGCAGAUCUAGAUGCUCUAAGGAACCACCACGAUCUGCUUUGUGCGUUAUAUUACGCGGUCCCAGAUGGGUGCCGACCUCGAUUAGAGGCCAUAAAGAACCUUGUACAUCCUGCCAAUUCCCACCGCGAGACUUGCAAUAUCAGCAUUCGAUCAUGGGUCAGACUUGUGCGCUUCAAGUUGACGACGGACGAAGAUGUAUCUGGGUUAGAAGCAUUUGCUGAUUGGCAUAGUUACUUUGUUAGCGAAUUCAUUAAACAGCACAUGCUUGCUCGAAGAGAGAUAGAAGCGCAAAACACAAAGGACAAUCAGUAUUCUCACCAGUUGAUCGAACGGACAAUUUCACAGAAUCAGAGACAGAUCGAGUCACUACUGAAGACAGCCCUGGAUAACUUACAGAACGCUAUUCAAUCGGCCCCAACACUGGAGCACGCCCAUAGACUGAUUUCUAAGUCACCUAUCAGUGUAGUAUUGGGGCUGUUCAAUCCUAGGCUUGCUCGUGUCAACACGACAGUGUCAGCGGCUCUACAGAUGUUAAAGGCCUAUGUUCAGAAGUGCCACUCCGCCUCUGCUCCUGGAUCAGCAAACCCACCAGCGCCAAUGGAUGAAGAUAGCCAAGAGUAUGGAGAUUGGACUGACAUCGAGGCAAUGUACGGAAAUGAGUUUUCUCCCGCCACCCGUCCCCAAGGAAUUGAAUACAUGGAAAAGGUCCUUCACCCAGCGGUAUCUCAGCUUGUCUCUAACAGUUUUGGUGAGGAUCACUGCCCGGAGGACGCAAUUCUCCUAAAUGUUGUCGAUUGUUGGACCUCUAUCGCCCAAGUGCUUGUGAAAAAUGGGUUCCGGCAUUGGGAUAACUAUCUUAGCCUUUACGAUGGUGAUUCUUGGGCCGUGCUUCGAAAGACGGUGCAAACUAGAAAGUUCACGCCUAAGUUUUUGGCAAGCUGCAUUGAAAAGGAUGCUCGGUUCAUGUCUGAAUGCAAAAUGCAAGUCCUUGGGAUGUGGAUGUCGAGCUUAGUUGAACGAGUAUCGAUGUUGAAAUUCCAGCACUCUUUAACUGAGGCAUUGUUGAAUUGCGAGCCGAACAAUAAUUUGUUGCAGAAUUUACCCUUCUCUGUGGAUAGAAAGGAUGGUCGAUACUCAAUCACGCUGGAGGAACUCAGUCAACGUCGGUUGUCUUUAAUAUCAAGUCUACUGUCAAACAUGCGCGCACACGUCCAAGACCUGGAGAUUGCAGCAAGUAGAGCGCUUUCAACUGAGAAGCAAGAGUACCGUGAACUCAUCCAGACAAUGAUGUCCUCAAUGAAGGCAAAUUAUCUGGAGCUGGGCAACAGCGCAGCAAGUGCACAAGGGGCUUACGUGGACUUUGUCCACCGGAUUGUCGGAUUCUUACAGCAGCAUACGAGGGAUAUCUGUCCCGUUGACCCGUUCUUUACCGAUCCAACCUCGUUUCCUUUGCCUUCAACCGACCCGACGUACAUCGUUGCACGGUUAAAAGGCUAUGAACCGAAGCUCUCAUCUGAAAAGGUCGCAAAAACCUUGAUCAUGUUCAUCCAGGGCAUUUCAGAGCGAGCGGCUAUAGACGGUCAGCAGGUUUACCUUGUCGACCAGCUGCAAACUUCCAUAGCACAUACUUAUGAAGCGGGAGAUCCGGCUAGGCCAACCCUCAGGGCUACCCUGUUGCAGUCCGUGUUUCCAGCAUAUCUUCAGAUGGCUUUCACCAACCCCGGUGCAUGGCUGCUGAGUCAACCGAUCAUACAGACCAUAUCCCACACUUUCAAAGAAUUGCUCUUCCAUAUAGACACCGCAGAUACGAACUGCGUUGCAUCAGUCGUGGGUAUUUUCAGCUCGGUCUUCCAGUCCUCGUACCAUGCUCUGUAUAGCAUCGUCGGCAAUACCAACAUGCUCAAAGAACCCCCAGUGGUAAUCACGGUUGCUUCUUUCAUCGAAAUGAUAACGUCUUCCCUGCGAGUCGUGGACUACAUUGAUCGAGCCACCGACACUGGUGACAACAUCAUAUCCCAGAUACACGCAUUCCGGCAGUUCAUACUGUUCAGCACAUCCUUCCUACAUGACCAGCUCCUCAUAACCAACCCAGAAAACAUCCCUCACCCAUCCAACAUUUUCACAACCGAAAACACACCUACCAACGCCCCAAAAUUCUUCAACGAGAUCCGCAUCUCAGCAACGCGCGAACUCCAGACCUACAUCAACGAGAGUUGGUCCAGACACCAGGGCAAAUACUACUUCACUCGACGUGGCGGCCACCAACCGCAGGAGGUAAACCUCGAGCCAUCCAUGGUUGCGAAUUUGGAAAAUUUCCCGUUGGCGAUCUUCGACGAUGCUGCUCGGAAUUUCUUGGAUACGCUACGGGCUCUUGACUCAUCUGAUACUCUCCAUUAG